UCGUGACGUGAGAAGGUACUGCCUCUCGUAAAGAAAGUUGCGAUACGUACACGUAAACUUUAUUCGUGGGGAAAUUUUAAUAAUUCCAGUAACGAACUUCUACCAAGAAAGGAAUUAAAAAGUUACUUCUCGCUUAUAACUUUUAAAAGUGAUAAUGGUACCUAAAACAGUGUUAUUUUUGUGUUUGAACAUCUUUCUACUCAUGAAUACUGCGGGAGCAGCGAAAAACAAAUGCAACAAGGAAGAGAAUCUGUACCAGAGGUGUUCCAUGGCGUUGCCAGUGCUCAGUUCACCAGAUAUCUCAUUCGCUGUCACCAGAGAAGAGCUGGAUAAGAGUUGCAUAGAGCUGCAAGCUGGCAUAAGAUGCAUAGACAACUACACAGAAGUUUGCAUGGAGAAGAAUGAACAGGAAAUGUUCAGGAAAAUCUACGCAGGCAUCAGAGAUGUGGUGCAGGAUCUGUGUACACGUGGUAAUUACCAGGACGAGUACUUAAGGCAUGCAGUAUGCGUGAAGAAUGUAAGGCCGGAGUACGAGGUCUGUAGCAGAAAGUAUGAAGUGACUUUAACGGCGCUGAGCGGCCAUCAGAAGAAGGAUCAGUACAACACUGAUGUCGCUACUAGUCAUGAAGAUCAUUUGAGGACGGUUUGUUGUUCAUUCCAAGAGUUCCUGACGUGUUCGGAGCGGACGGUGCAGCGGUCGUGUGGGGACGAGGCGGCUCUCUUCACCAGCGAAUUCCUCCGCCGUAUGGCUUCCAAUAUCAUUAAGAGUUUCUGCCUGGACUACCGCGGGCUAGAGUGCGGCGUCUCGGGAGCGGCGUCAACCCCCACCCUGCCUCUUGCCACGUUAGUUAUUUUUGUGUACACAGUACUGGCGCCAGCGUAAAUCCUUAAUGAUACCGAAUAUAGUAGUACAAUGAAAACUCA